UGUUUGCUAGUUGGUUCCUUUGCUGCGCUGCGUGACGUAGUUCCUUGCUCAGGGACUUGGCCCAGUUGAUCAAUUCCGUGUUAGAACAACUGUGCGGUGAUUGAAGGAUCCGGCAUUCGGUUAUGAACGUUGUCACGAUUCUAUGUAUUUUAUUUGUUAUUGUUGAGUUCUAAGCCUGUUUAGCUCGGUGGAAGGAAGAGUUCGGAGAUCUCUUCCUCGCAGCUUGGAGUGUGAGUGUGUGUGUGUGUGUGUGUGUGUGUGUUCGGAAUCGGAAGGCGGAGAGGGGGGAUACACGCUGCGUUUUGCUGGAGAUUUCGGUUUCUGCGGGGAUUUCUGAUCGGGGAGUGUGUUUUAACGCGUUAACUAAACACUGGAGUGAUUCCUUGACGCGGGAGACCAAUUACUUGCAUGUGCUUUGUGGAUGUGGGGAGAAGUCUGCGGGGUUCGGAGUCUUGUGUGUCGAGCAGGUAGACUUUGUUUUUAUCAGCAUUUGGCUCUAUCGGUGUAGAGCUCUUGGCGCUGGUUUUACCACAGCGUGCAUGCCAAUGGAGGAGACGGUUUGCCAAUUCUCGCAUCGAGCAGAAGUGGAGUUAAGGUGCACGUGAAAGAGAAGCGGAGAGGUCUGCAUUCUGCAAUCUGCAGAUCUCUAUCGUCCGUGGUAACCUCAUUAGUUUCAUACUGUGAAAUCUUCAGGGAACGAAUAUGUACAGGCGCGACGAGGGCGCUACAAUGGUUAUGCCGGCGGAGCUGGAUAAGCAUGUACAGUUAACUGUCUCCCACAUGAUCAAUCCAUGUCCUUGCCAGGACUAUUGGGAGGGGAAGCUCGCUGAAGCGGUAGAUUCUCAGAGGCUACUCCAGGAACAAGUUCACGUGCUGCUUCGCCGGCUUGAGCAGGCAGAUUUGAGAUGUGCGAAAACUAGGGAUGAGGCAGCUCGUAAUGCGCAAGCGUUGAAGAGACAAGUAUCUGAGACUCAAAGACUUGGGGCUGAAUGUAAAUCGCUGACCCUAGAUUGCGAGGCGUUGACCGUGGAAUGUAGGCGCUUAGAGCAUGAGUGCAACCUGUAUCACAAUGACCGGGAAGUGUUCAUGGAAGUUGCUGACGAGGCCGAAGAACGGGCUGCCCAAGCCGAGGAUAGGGCCAAUGAGGCUAAUCGAAGGGUUGAUGAAUUACUGCAAGAACUCGAAAGUAUCAGGGGGUGUACACUAUUAGUGCAUCCCUUAUCAGCAGAGAGACUAGCCGAAGAGGAUGUAACUGCCCUCAGGUUGAAGCAUGCAGAGUUGCUAACGCGACUACAUAAAUCUCAAGAGGAGGUGGCCAACUCUGGUGUUCAUGCUGAGAACCACAUAGCCUCCAACCUUGCAGGGGAUCAGUAUCGAAAUCUUGAUAUCUUGCUUGAUGAAGCCAACCAGCGGUACGAAGAAAAUUCCAUAGAGCUCCGAAGAAUACAGGAAGCUUAUUUGGAAAUGGAAAAGGCUAGAGAUGAGAACGUUGUUUCCAAUAUGGUGCUGUCUGCCAUCUCGGCUGGGGUGGUGAAAGCACUCGAACAAGAGAGAGACGAAGCCAUAUCAUCACUCAACCUCCAGUUCAAGGCCAUUCUGAAACGUAUGCAAGGGGAGUUUCGAUCAAGUCGUGAGAGACUCUUGAAGAAAUGGACAGAAGGUGAAGGUGGUCGUGAGAGGUUAUCGAAACCUUGGACUCAGGAUGAAGGUGGUCGAGGAAGGCGUGAAACCGUUGCAUAUGGAGGAAGACGUCUCGAGGCAAGGAAUAGCGGUUUUGAAGAUCAGUAUUUCUGAAUACCGGGAACAGGUGCUUCUUCAUGUUACGGUGGAAUUGGUUUGUAAGCACAUGUGAUAGGAGAUUCUUGUUGCCCAGUACGGAAUAUGAGAUUGGCUCAAGUUUGUGUUAUGUGUCGUGUCGGUAAUGCUGUUAGCAGAAGUGAGUGAGGAGAUCCGACUGUUGCUACACAUCAAAUACAACCCGUCUUUGAAAUGUAGAGAUUCUCUCCUCUUUUCUAGAGGAGUAAUCGCUUACAACCACUGUGCGUGCAUGGCAUAAGUGUGCUGAACCUUUGGAGCCGGGCGAAUAAUAAACACUAGGAAUCGCAGGAGCUUCUCGGAGCACUAUCACUGUGCUAUGUAUUAACCUAUACUAGAUCUCAUUGUAAAAAGACAGUAACCUGCAAGAAGUUCCUAAGGUCAUUCUGCUAUCAAACAUGGUUCGUCAUGAAGACGCCGACUGUGGGGCUAACGUUCAGCUAGCAUCAUGUUGCAUUAUGCAAGACCAUUUCCUGUCGACUAGGCCUUAACGUGAAGGACAUUUCCAAGGUUUCGAACAAUGGAGCUGCUUUCAUGUGUGACCAAGCUAUUUUCUGGUAAAAAUCGCACGUGCGUCAAGUACUAAAUAAUCCUGACAAGGGAAUUGGCUCGCGGAAGUUUCACCUGUUAUCUUCGACGUUGUGCCACAAUACCGUAGUAGUGAGUAACAGCUAAUACGAAAUACCAGAGUGGAUUUGUAAUUGCCUGCUGAAUUGUACUCUGCAUUUAGGUCGACAUCCAAUAUCAUUUGAUUUGUAGCCAUCAACUGUUGUAAUGAAGCAUAAUAUUGUGGACAUAGAAUGGAAUAGUUGUUCUAUCUUGUACUCUAGUUACUGUCAUCUGUUUAAUAUCCUUCUCUGCAACUAAUGAAAAGCAACUUUUUGUAACUGGC